AUGGCACGUCGAGGCCGCGCGGCUUCCCGUGCGCAGACGUUGACCCCCUCAGCGUCCACCUCCAGUCUCGGGUCGUCUCCGCUCGCAUCGUACGCCGCCCCGUCCGCCGCCUCGCGCACCUGGACGCCUCUCCGGGACAACUUCUUCCAGCCGCCCCCUCUCUCCGCCAGGGAACGCGCGUAUCUCGUGCGGAAAUCCUGUGAAGCCGCUCAAGAGCUCGUGGAACGCGCCCGAAGCGCCGGUGGCCCCAUCGCCUGGCGCCACGUCGAGAAGCACAAUGACGUGCAGGUGUACGCCGGCUCGUUACGCUCCACAGCGACUGCUGGCGCCGCUGCCAGCAUGUGCGCCGUUACGAGCGUCCCUGGGACCGUGCACGAGGUCGCGUCGCUCUUUGAAUUGGGCUCGACGCGCCACAUGAAGGAGUUUGCACGCGCGCACCGCGAGUGGUUUUACGACGGCGUCGUGCUGCAUGUGAUGGCACCUCGGACCAAGGAGAAGCCGCUGCAUCAAGUGACGGCCAAGUGGAUGGUCGCGCAGAUGCCGCCGGGGCUCCCGCAUCGGGACUUCUGCUUUCUAGAGUGUCAAGACAAGUUUGUGGAUGCAAGAGGACGCAAAGGGUGGGUCCUCGGCCAACACUCGAUCAAGUUACCGGGUUGCGACGACCUCAAGCGCGAGUUUGGACUCGUGCGAGGGAGUUUGUACCACUCUGGAUUUGUCGUCGUGGAGAGUGAAGAGCGACCGGGACAUGUCGAUGUGAUCCACUUGGUGCAACUGAACUUGAAAGAGCACACACCGGUGCCGCUGAGCUUACUGCGGGCUCGAGUGCUCUUUGUCACGCAAGUGCGGAAUAUGCUCCGGAGCAAACGCUUGAAUGAACAGCGCUAUCGCAGCGACCUGGAGCUCGUGCCAAAGAAGUAUCGAAGCAAAUGUGGCGUGUGCAAGGACUCUUUCUCUCUCUUGUUGCUACGGAAGAUGAAUUGCAGGAAGUGCGGGGAAGUUGUCUGUGCUGCGUGCAGCAAGGAGUUUUCCAUUGAAAAUAGCAACUUUGCAGGAACGAAUGGAGGAGACGAGGUGCGCAAACUGCGCAUCUGCAUGCACUGUUUCCAGGCGAUUACAACUGCUCCGAAGCCGACGUCUGCACUCGUGCAACCAGCCCACUCGUCGACGAUGUCGAUUAGCUUUUUGGGCGCUGACAAUGAUGCUGGUCAACACGCGACGUCGCGGGUAGGCGGACGCUAUAGCGACCGAGAGGAUGAACCACCGAAGAUCUUUUUGCAGUCCAUGCACCGUGAAAAGCCCUCGCGUCAUCGCAUGUCUAGUACGUUACACAUGUCUGGAUUCAGGUCGGAUUUACCACACUCUGCGUCUCGGCAUAGGACGCGAGGUGAACCGGAUGUGGGGCUGCAUGCUAGAUCGCAGCACGAACAGCAACGUGACUACGGUCGGUCGCAGAACCAUCGCGAAAGUCAGCGCUUGCGUCCGUCUGACUUCCGGCCAAGCCAGAGCUUGUCGCUGGAUGAUCCCAUCACCAGAGGUGGAGACCGCUACACGAUGGAUGUGCCGGGACUAACUGCAGCGCCGUCUUUCUCCUCCAGUUUUGAUCGUCCAUCCACCGAUGCUUCGCAAAGCCCUCUUUAUGGGAUAACAAGUAGUAGCAGUAGUGACCUGCUUGUGGAGCUGAGCAGCAACGACACGGGAAAUUUCAGUCGGCUCCAAGAGUUGAGCAGCCGGGAACGACUGGAGCGAUUGCAGCGCGAAGAUAACAUAUCUCGGUCAUGCAAUGACCACCGCAUGCCUGAUGCCUACAUGUCUGCACUCCAGCAAGCAAGCCGAGACAAGCACGAGCUCGAUAUGCCGACUCCCGUGUACCAGGCUCCGUCGAACGAUUUUUGCGCAUACCGCGGGACAUUCGACGACAAGCCGGUGCUUCCCCCCGACUUUGGUCCGUACGAAUCUACGUUAGACGAUUUUGAUGGACCUCCCCUGCUGGAUGUGAAUGCGCUGAAUACGACUGAAUCGUCAAUUCCUAUUGACUUCGCUAGCAUGCGCUCACCCACGAGGUCCCCAUUGACACCUCAGCGCGAUGAGCUCAACUUUGUGCGUCCGCGUGAACGCAAAUCGGAACGUUGUCGUGAGUCCACGAGCUCGGAUUCUUCUGCCAUCUCAAUCGAUAUUGACACGUAUGAGGAUGCACCACACGUUGCCACGAUCCCGUCAAUCCCUGAACAACAGCAGCAGCGUGGCGAGCGGUAUCGAAGUGACUUUGCAGGGAUAAUGAUGUCAAGUGUAGCUGCGGGACCGACGCUACAUCCAUCGCGUGAAAAUGGUAUAGAGUCAACGCACGACAGCGAUGAAGAUUCGGACAUGUCCAUGGGUGCAUCAGACGACGAAGAGGAAGGUCAGACGAUUGUCGAUUUUACACCUGUGCCACCUCGGUGGUCGGAUGACGACAACGUUGAGGAGACAAAGGUACAAGACUUUUCAGGAACGUUGGCGUAUCCACCUCCGUCUCCGUCUUCUCAUGGGGCAGCUAGUACGACGCUAGAGCGCCCGUCUGUUGUGAAUUCAUCGGCACAUUGGCGAUUGGAGGACCAUACGUCAGCAGAUAUUAGGACGACAGGUGGGGUGGAAAACGUUUCGCAAACGAAUACGGAGGCAGUCAACGGUACCCCUAUCACUAAUGAGUGCCAGCUGCCGCGUUCUAGUGUGGAGGACUUGAACGACCGCGAUGUGCACCCGGUGCACGUGUUAUCAAAACGUAGCGAGAUGCAGAUUGCUGGUGAAGGUGAGUGCAUUGAUGGACUGUGCAAUCAAGCGUCAGAAGGAGUUUUGGUCAGCCGCGAACGGCGGCUUUCUGAUUCAGAAAAUGCUUUGGUCCUCAAUAUGGUCGGCGGUGAUGUGCACGCUGAUGUCCGUCAGCUCAACAAAGUUAUUGAUGGAGGGGUCACUGCUUUUCAUCAGACAAGCUCAUCAUCCCGACUGUCUGAUCGCUCGCCGCCAUCUCCACCCACCACAUUUGAUGCCAUAAGCGCUGCUGAUGGUGCGCUGCCUCUCUACGAGGGUACACCACUACCACUUGAGGAAGAGAGCAGCGAAACACUUGCUUUGUCCAACGAUUCGCAUGCGAUGACUAGCGAUGAGGAUAUUGUUGCUCUCGAUAAUGUGGAAUUGGAAGCGCAUCAUGUGUCGUUAAAUAGUCGUGACGGCUUUGUGGAUCGACACAGUCAAGAGGAAUUGAACGACGUGAGCUCAGUGACGUCGGAGUCUACAUUCCAGACUACCGAUUACGCUGCUACUGGUGUAAAUGUUGCAUCACUUGCUGUGGAGGACGUUAUGGAAGACCUGGUCACCGCAGGAGUCAAUAAACUUAGCGUGUAA